GUGGAUUUAGUACAAAACAAGGUACAAAUUCAGUAAUACUCGCGACUGGUGACAGUUCGGCCGGUAAUGCAGUUACCGUUCUAUGUCAACACAAACAUAACCCUUUUGUCGUAUCAACUUUAAACAACUAAAACUAGUUCCGAGUUAGUGUACAAUCUACUUUUCGUUGUAUUGCAAGUGCACUAAUUAAUAAUUUGUACCAAUGCUUUAUUCAAAGUUUGUACAACCAUAGAGACAUAACCUCAAUUAGGGCCCCACCAUGUCGUUCAAAAAGGGCGUAGACCCUAAAGUUUUCCGCGCCAUACAAAAUGUGGACAUGCAACAACUGGGCGAGUGCACGGAACAGGAAAUUCGGCCUGUUUUACCAUGUCUUGUUCGAAUGGGGCUCAUUUCACCCUUAGACACUUCAAAAAAAUGUAUGACCAUGAAAGUCGACAUUUUGACAAUUGUUUCUGGGAUGGAGUUGGUCAACUCGAUAGUGGCUCUCUUAUCAAUUGAUUUUCACCGACUUGAAACUGAAGUUAAAAAGGAGCAACAGUUAAGACAGAAGGGAGUAGCGCUUCAGAAUGACUCAAUUUUAAUCGGGAAUUUAUCAAACACGAGUAUGGCGUUGGAGUAUGAACGUAGUGACAUGACUAGACGUUUGAGCAUUCUACUAGGGGAAUUAUUGUAUGUCCAGUCACAGAUUCAAGACAACGAAAAUCCAGAAACUUCAUCUUAUAUAAAACCGUCAGAGUUGUUUGAUAAUGAUAUAUUUGCUGAAGAAUUGUCCGACAUUAUCUGCAUAGCGCUUGCAGAGCUGCCAAUCACACUUAACAUUUUAACAAUCACUGAAACGUUGCUCCAUUUACAUAAUGGGCCAGCCAUAGUGUGUAGAAUCGUGGCUAAUUUUCCUGAUUGUUUUCGAGAAGUGUGUACCUAUUUGAUACAAACUGGAGAAAAGCAGGAAGAAACUAAAUUGAGCACAGUUAGGGCUUCGGCAAUUUCGUUGUUAUGCAAAAUGAAUCCAUCUCAAGCUUUAAGUAUUAGAAGCAAAUGUGUGGAAUUGUGCCGAAUGCCAGCCUUAGCAAUUACAUUGUCGUUGGAACACAACCAGAGUGGCAGUGGGGAAGACGGCGACAUGGUGGCCUUCAUUUCAGGCUUGUUGUUGGGAAAUGACCAAACAAUUAGAAACUGGAUCGCCCUCUUCAUCCGCACCGGCCAGAAGAAAAAGGGCGAAAUCUCGAGCAACGCCCUGCAGCAGCUCCGCGACGAGCUGCUGCGCCGCCUCCAGAUCAUAAUCAACUCCUCCGCCGAGGGGCAGCUGCUCGACAGCCAGGUGGUGCAGGCCUCCGCCUUGCUCCGCCUCUACUGCGCGCUGCGCGGCAUCGCCGCUAUCAAGUUCCAGGAGGAGGAGGUCAAUCUCAUCGUCAAGCUCCUCACCUCGCACCCUAGCCCCACCCCCGCGGGCGUGCGCUUCGUCUCGAUUGGUCUGUGCAUGCUCAUCGCCUGCCCCUCGCUUAUUUCGCUCCAGGAGCACGAGAGGCGGAGCAUCGAGUGGGUCCAGUGGCUGGUGCGGGAGGAGGCGUAUUUCGAGUCGGCCAGUGGCGUGACGGCCAGUUUCGGGGAGAUGUUGCUGUUGAUGGCGAUUCAUUUUCACAGUAAUCAGCUGAGCGCCAUUUGCGAUUUGGUGUGUGCGACUUUGGGGAUGAAGAUUCCGAUUAGGCAUAAUAAUAUGACGAGGAUGAAGCAGGUCUUCACCCAAGAAAUCUUCACCGAGCAAGUAGUCACAGCACACGCCGUCAAAGUCCCCGUCACCAACUCCUUAAGCGCCAACAUGAUGGGCUUCCUCCCCAUCCACUGCAUCCACCAACUACUAAAAAGCCGAGCUUUCGCCAAACACAACGUCAACAUCAAAAACUGGAUCUACAAACAAAUCUGCACCAGCGUGAGCCCCCUUCACCCAGUCCUCCCCAUGCUGGUCGAAGUCUACGUCAACAGCGUCAUAAUGCCAACAUCCAAAAACACCGAAACCAACAAACCCCUAACCGAGAACGAAAUCCGCCGAGUUUUCCAAAGCUCGAUCUUCGGACAGUACUUCGACCAAAAACAAUCAAUAUUCAACAUGGACUUCGACCUCAACUCGGAAAACCAAGACGUAGUCGUGGACAACAGUAGUCUCACCCCGCAGCUCCUCCUACUUUACUACCUCCUCCUAUACGAGGACUGCCGCUUAAGCAACGCCCACAUCCUCGCCUCCUUCAACCGCAAAAUCAAAAUUUAUAGCCCGGAAUUCAUGUCCGAGCUACCGAUUAAGUACCUCCUACACCACGCCCAAAAAGACCAAAGUUCCUACUCGGGGUUAUUCGGGCCUUUGUUGAAGCUUCUAGCCACGCACUUCCCCCAUUUGACUCUCGUCGAGGAUUGGCUCGACGACAUGUCAAUCAAAACCGAGUACAAACCCAUCCACAUUAGCGAGAUCAUGGUAGUCGAGGCGUUCACUGAAAUCGACACCAACCCAUCAAAGUGUGCCAAACUCAUGCAGAAACUGUUGAAACAAGAAGCCAUUGAUAUCUGGCCUUUUGCGGAAAUUUUUACCCAGUUUGCUAAGAAUAUUUUGGCGGAUACGGUACCAAGGUAUCUGCAGGACUUGUACAAAGAUGUGUGGUUGAGGUUCAACACGGUACUUCCCCGGAGGUUGUGGGUGUUAACCGUGAAGAAUCUAGUCGAUGAUUUUUCGAAUUUGACGAGGAUUGAUGUGGCGGAGGAUCCGCUUCAGAUAAUGAGGUGCGACGAGAGGGUGUACCGAUGCGCACCCUUGUAUGCGGUGGUAUUGAGGGUGCUGAGGGCCAGUUUGGCGUCUUCAAGGAGCCAAUUGAUGCAGCAUUUACAAGCAAAUCCGAGGUUGGACCACACGGGACAGGUUUUAAAUGAGAGCGACAGAGAGGAAAUGUGUAGGGCCACGAUAGCGGCACAGGAGAGUGCGGCGGUGCAGAUGUUGCUCGAGACUUGCAUAGAAACCGAGGACGAUAGGAGGGUCGGGGGGCAGCAGUGGGCCUUGCAGGAGGUUAGGUCGCUGGUUUGCAGCUAUUUGCAUCAGGUGUUCAUCGCGGAUACGAUGCUGGCGAAGUUGGUGCAUUUUCAGGGAUACCCAAGUGAGCUCAUCGAUGUGAUAGUCAAAGGUGUGCCUUCCAUGCACAUCUGCUUGGACUUCCUCCAGGAACUCAUGCAGCAACCAAGCUUAAACAAGCAGAUCUUCGCCAUCCAACUCUUAUCGCACCUGUGCAUACAGUACGCCUUACCCAAAAGUCUCAAUUUGUGCAUAGUAGCAUUAAAUCUACUGUAUGCACUACUUGGAAGUUUAUCAAGCAGCCAACGCGUCAAACUCUUCAAACCUAUUCUACCAGCCCUGGUCAGAAUAAGCGAAGCCUUCCCGCCCCUAGUAGACGACAUAGUCAACCUAAUGAUGCAACUAGCCAGAAUAUGCGAAUCCCAAGCUUCACUAGCCUCCCACUUCGAUGCCCACCUCGGCAAAGAACUGGAAGUCUCGGCCCAAGAAAGCAAAGAACUGUGUAGUCUCGUGCAGCAGACGUUCAGUGACAUUCUCGAUAAGGCUGUGUUUAAAUCGAAAAUUUAUAGACAAGAGUGACUUUUUAAGUAUUAAAGUGUAAAAAUUGUGUCAGGACUGGUUUUGUAAAAACAAAUAAUAAAAUAAUAAAAAAUGAAAA